GUCAAAAAGCGGCGCUAAAAAAACGAAUUUUGUGCAAAUAUUUAAACAAGUUUGUGUCCUUGGAUUAUUUAAACUGCAUACCAUCUUCAGCAAUACGGCCAUUUUCAUAAGGAGGCCUUUGAAUUUCCUCAGAGGUUUGGUUUUUGAUAUAUCCGGGUGUUUUUUUUAAGUUUUGCUGGUUUACGAUUAUUUUUGUUGCUGUAACAAAUAAACCGUAGCAUAGCAUGUAACAAGUGCGCCGCUAUUCUUCGGCUCGUCUCUUUCAAACCCAUACCUAUCCACCCCACUUGACAAUCAGUUGACAUAAAAACAACUGACGCUCUUUCCCUUAAUUGGAUUUCGUUACUCGUUCUCUCUCUAUUCCACUCGAUGUUUUGUGUUUUCUGCCUUUGCCUUGCAUUUGUUGUUGUUAUUGGCGAAAAAAUUGGUUUUUGUUGCGGAUGAGCAGAGAAAGCCAACAACUUGCAAAAGAAGUGAAUUAAAGAGAAAAAGAGAAACCAUCAGCACCGCAGCGAUAGCAGCAACAUAAAAUCAAUCGGUUUUGUUUUUAAUUCAUAACAAUAUUUGUGGGGGUUAUUCCAAAAUAAAUUGGAUCCAUGUACAUAAAACUGCAAACGGCCUAUAACUCUUGGAAACGUGUAUCAAAUUUGGUGAAUAAUCUUUGGAAUAGACUUUAUUUGCCCGUAACUUCAUCGCCUCAUUUAGCCAUUACAUACAGUCCGUUAACGGAGACUAGGACCAGGAAUACCAACUCUAAUAGCACCACCACUGCCGCUGCAGCCACCAGCAACACUUCGUCCACAUCCCAUACCAAUAACAAGGAUACAGCUUUUUACAGAGAAGAGAUGCCCCGCACCCGUAGACGUCACCAUUCAAGAGAUCGUUCAUCCGGUGGGAUGCGUGACAAACGUAGGCGUGUCGACUCCGAGGAAAACUCUUCAAUUGUCCCGGAUGUUGCUUCACCGCCACGUUACAAAAAUACUCGCGCAGAUGCCAAACGUCGCCGUCAUGACUCCGAUGCCAGCUCAAGAGUAUCAAAGGAAUCAAGGUGAGUGCAUUACAAAAAUCUGUUAAAUGUUAAGCGAAAAUAUGUAAGUACACUCAUAGUUCUUUAAAAACAACUAAAAGCGAUAUGAGGAAAUAAAAUCCAAAGCCCUUAGGUUAUUACAUUUGCCGCCAACACCUAUGAAAGGUAAUAAAUCUUAAAUGAAUUGAAGUUUCAAUUAUCACCAAGUCCUUAAGUUUCAAGAGGGAGUUGAAAAAAAUUUAAAAAAUCGAAAUUUUUUUUAUGUGAUUUUUUCAAAUUUUUUGCUUUUUUUAUAAAAAAAACGGAAAAAUAUGAGAUAAUCAUAUACCAACUUUUGAAUUUAUAUGCAUAAUGCAAAUUUAUAAAUUUCGAUUGAAAGGUGUGGCAUUGUGCUGUACGGAAUAUAUCCUCCCAGUGAAUGUCUGUCUAUUAAUCUAUGAUCUUAACCGUAAAGCUGAAGGAGCUACCCAUUUAUUGAAAUUGCCGUAGUAGUUUCCUCAUUGCAGCAUUAUUGUUUUCUUUCAUUACUUCGGUGUAUGUGUGUGUGUUUUGUUGUUGUUGUUGUUAAAAAGUUUGUUGUGGUGUUGUGUUUAUUAUUAGCAAAUUAUUGUUAUCGGCUUUGAUUACUUUUUCCUUUGUCAUUUGGGUGUUGUGGCUGUAAUCAAUGGGCAUUAGUAAAUCGCUAACAAAAGGAAUAGCGCCAAUAACUUUGGAAGCAUUGCACAAAAAAGUAAUAAAAAAAUAAAAAAAACACUAAUUUGAAAGACCAAUAACUGAGAAAAUUAUAGAUGCGGCUCCUGUCAUUAAUGGUGUGGUCAGCGCACAGUGUUUUAGUAAUGAAUAAAAAUUAAAACAAAAAAAAAUAAUAAAAAAAAAUUAUAUAUAGAUAUGAAAUAAUAAAUGAUGUGUAAAGCAGAAAACAA